CCAACAUUCUCAAAUAACCUUAUAAAGGACGACCAGAUGACAGGAUUCAUUUCCUUCUCCCUCUAACACCUUUUGCCUGUCUUGGCUGUUCCCUCUUUUGUGUCUCUCACUCUCAUCACACAUUAUGUCUUACAAGGCAACUCGUAUUAGCAACGGUAUCUUCGGAUACGAUGUCGGUCUAUCAGGAUCAACCUUGCUCGCAUUCAUCACUGCAUGUUGUGCAACAGGUUUCUUAUUGGUCGGUUAUGACAAUGGUGUCUUUGGUGGUUUGGUAAACACGCCUUCGUUUCAAAGCACAUUCAACAAACCAGAUGAUAACACGAUCAGUAAUAUCGUCAGUUUAUAUGAAAUUGGUUGUUUCUUUGGUGCUCUAUCCACUUUUAUCAUCGGUGAUUAUUUGGGUCGUCGUGGUACGAUUAUCAUUGGUUCAAUGUGGAUGAUCGUUGGUGCUAUCAUUCAAGCUGCCGCCUCGGAUGUCGGUACAAUGAUCGCAGGAAGAAUCAUUUGUGGUGUCGGAAUGGGAAUCAUUAAUGCAACAGUUCCAAUCUUACAAGCAGAAACAAGUCCAGCAAUCUCAAGAGGUAAAUUGGUGGCAAUUGAUUUGACUGUGUUGAACAUUGGUAUCGUUUUAAGUUAUUGGAUCGAUUACGGUUUCAACUACAGCUCAAGCGUUUCGGCUAAAGCAGUUGCCUGGCGAGUGCCAAUCGCACUUCAAUGUGUUUUCAUCGUGAUCAUCGCAUUAAUCGCACUAAUCAUUCCCGAUACACCCCGUUGGCUGGUCAAAAAAGGAAGAAUCGAAGAUGCAGCUGCUGUUUUGGAACGUUUGCUGGACGAACCAAAAGAUUCUUUCCAAGUUCAAAGUCAAUUAACUGCAAUUCAAUCUGCUUUGGAGCAUGAACAACAUGAAGCAGAAAAAGUAAGCGGUUGGUCAAGAUUGAUCGCGCCCGGAGGAGGUAUGAAGGAUGACUCUUUGCGUACCAGAAGAAGAUUGCUGUUGGCCUGCUUCAUUCAAGCUGCACAACAACUUGGUGGUAUCAACGGAUUGAUUUAUUACUCCAGUACACUAUUCCAGCAAAGUAUCGGAUUGGAUAACAAACAAUCAGCUUUGCUUGCCGGCGGUUUGAAUAUGUGUUUAAUCUUGGGCUCAACGAUUUCAUUCUUUUUGAUCGAUAACGUCGGUCGUAAGAAGUUGCUCAUUCCAUGCAUUGCCGGUAUGUCUGCUGUCAUGGCAGUGCAAUCCGGUUUGGUAUAUAAAACUCAACAGCCAGGCGCAGAUGCUGUGUAUGGUCGUGCUGCCAGUGCGAUGCUGUUCAUUUUUGAACUGUUCUUCAGUAUUGGAUUCCAAGCAACGGUUUGGCUUAUUCCAUCAGAAGUUUUACCGCUCAGCAUUCGUACAAAAGGUAGUGCACUUUCAACUGCCUCUAAUUGGAUUUGCAACUUUGCCGUUGUCAAAUUCACACCUAUCGCUAUCACGAAUAUUCGUUACAAAUUUUACAUCAUCUUUGCCAUUCUUAAUGCUGCUUGGCUACCAAUCAUCGCUUUCUUCUUGCCUGAAACUGCACGCAAAUCAUUAGAAGAGAUGGAUGAAGCGUUUGCCGUUGAUGGUUGGCAUAUUGAUCGUAUGGAAGGAGGAGCAAGAAAUAAACAAGCUGCCGUUGAAAUGCCAAAUGGUCAAGGUCAAGAGGGUGAUUCAGAUAUGGAUCAAAAGAUUUAAUAAUGAGUUUUACGAUGUAGUUUCUUCUUAAUCAUUGGGUUUCCACUUCUUUUUUCAAUUCUUGUAUUAUCAUCUAUUGUGCUUUUCGUAAUCGACAAAUGAUAUCAUUUAGGAUCA